AAAACUCGUCAUGUCCGGGUGUCGAUAUGCGUCUCGGUACUGCAGCGAUAAGCAUCGGUAAGAUGUGAACGGGAAGAAAAGAUAAAACAAUCUGCCUCCAAAACGAAAGCAUCGACGACCCUGUCAUCCUUUGUCUCCCGUCAUCCGCUAGUGACUAGCAGCGGAUUCGCCGCCGACUGUCGGCCGUAUCUGCGCGAAUGGCCGCGGAGGUUCGGAGGGCCCUCGGCCGGGGCUGGUGUCUGACACUCGGCCUGGCUCGCGGAGGCCUUCACGGCACCGUACUGCGAUUUCUUCUCUUCAUCACAGCCCUCAGCGGACUGGUCCGUCUCCCCGCGGCCACGGAGGCGAAGGAGUGCGAUAAAACGUGCUUGAACGGCCAGUGUAACACCGCCAGUGGCGUGUGUGUGUGCGAGCCGGGAUGGGUCGGGGAGCAAUGCCAGCACUGCGGCGGCCGCUUCAGGCUAACGGGACCCUCAGGCUAUCUUUCGGAUGGACCAGGAAACUACAAAUACAAGACCAAGUGCACAUGGCUUAUUGAGGGACAGCCGAACUCAAUCCUGAGGCUUCGCUUUGAGCACUUUGCCACCGAGUGCAGCUGGGAUCAUCUGUAUGUGUAUGAUGGAGACUCCAUCUACUCUCCUUUACUCGCUGCCUUCAGUGGUUUGAUUGUUCCUGAGAGCUACAGCAAUGAGACUGUCCCAGAGGUGGUGGCACAGUCUGGUUUCGCCCUGCUGCACUUCUUCAGUGACGCUGCGUAUAAUCUCACCGGCUUCAACAUGUCCUACGGGUUAAAUACCUGCCCCAAUAACUGCUCCGAUCGUGGGGAGUGUCGUGUGGGGAAUUCCAGUGACUCUGUGCAGUGUGUAUGUGAGGACGGCUGGAAAGGAGAGGCCUGUGACGUGCCCUACUGCUCCUCUCACUGUGGCUUCCCUCUGCGGGGACGAUGUGACAGCUCCGCCAAGCGCUGCCAGUGCAAACCAGGAUGGCAAGGCCUGGACUGUUCAAUAACUGUACCAGCAAAUGUUUCCUUCUGGACACGUGAGGAAUACAGCGGGCAUGGCUUGACGCGGGCGUCCCAUAAGGCUGUGGUUCAUGAAGACGUGAUGUGGGUGAUAGGUGGACAUGUGUUCAACUACACACACUACCAGAUGGUGACUGCGUUCAACAUCUCCUCUCAAAGCUGGAUGUUGUUAAACUGGUCCGUCAACUAUGUAACUGGACGCUACGGUCAUUCUCUCUCCCUGCAUGAGGAUAAAAUCUACAUGUACGGUGGGAAGAUUGACUCCACAGGAAACGUGACAUCAGAACUGUGGGUGUUCCACACGCGGAACCAGUCGUGGGUUCUGCUGAAUCCGCAUGCUAAAGAACAGUAUGCCGUCGUGGGCCAUUCUGCACACACUGUCCAUCUCGACGAAUCGGAGCCCGUCAUACUGGUCGUGUUCGGACACUGCCCUCUUUACGGAUACAUCAGCCAAGUGCAGCAGUACAACAUUGUAAAAAACACAUGGAGUGUUUUAGAGACUCGUGGGGCGCUGGUUCAGGGUGGCUAUGGGCACAGCAGUGUGUACGACCCUCAAACCCGCUCCAUCUACAUCCAUGGAGGCUAUAAAGCUUUCAGUGCCAAUAAAUACGGCUUGGCUGGAGACCUGUACUGCUACGAUGUGGACAAGAGAAUGUGGUUGAUUCUGAGAGACAGUGGUUUUUUCCGUUACCUCCACACGGCAGUGAUUGUUGGCGGGAACAUGUUGGUGUUUGGAGGGAACACGCACAACGACACCUCAAUGAGCCAUGGGGCGAAGUGCUUCUCCUCAGACUUCAUAACAUACAGCAUAGGGAUCGGAGACAUGCCUGUCUGGUGCUAUUAUCUCGCUUUUCAUUUAGAUAAUGAGGGAUGCUAUGAGUAUGAUGUCAGAAUAGAUGCACUACGAGCACUUGAAUACGGCGGCUCUUGA